AUGGCCCGAUACCCAUCGUCGACGCGCACCCUCUCCCUCGCCGCGCUUUUCUCCGCGUCACUAUCCCUCUCCUACGUUCUGUCGCAGAUCCGCAACACGACCAACACGGGCCCCAAUCCCGUCGAAUUUUCCGGGGGAAUAGUGGAAUUCGCCGCCGGAUACGACAAUGUCACCGACAUUUCAGGCGGUUCCAUUCUUCUGCCCGUCAACGACGGCUGGACUAACGCGCUCGCGGGCUACAAGACACUCAACCCAUCUGCGACAACCUCGUCGGACCCGGUUCUUGAGGCGCUCAGCACGGUGGUGUCCUCGUCGGGGUCCGUGUCGGCCCUCAACGCCAUGUCCGCCAACGCCAAGAACGCCUUGUCGCGCCUCGCCAAGUUCAUGGCGAUUAGCCAAUGUAUUCAACCCACCGACAUGCAAACUGGCAACUACAAGAACGGUCGGUUCAGCUUUAGCACGGCGCUGAAUCAGCCAAUUUAUCUCUACGCCAACGUCACUGGCUCCUUGCUUGCCGCGGACUUGGUUCAUGUCUUCACUGGGACCGACCGCGGUACUGUCGACUCCGCUUCUUACAUGAAGAGUGGACUCGUAGCGGGGAGUGACGCUGGGGGGCCGAAAGCAGUGGCGGACGUGGCAGCCGCGUUUAGAAUGAGCAGCUUUACUCAAGUGUUGAGCAACGUGACCGCGAUUGUUGUGACCGACCCCGUGUUCCCCGCCACCAUGAGCUCGCUUACCAGCUCCGACCCCGUGCAACCAUAUGGCAAAG